CAGAUACUGGAUAAUUCAGGACUUUGGUGGUUAGUUGGAUUCAGUUCACUUCCAACAUUUGCCGGAAGCAAAUGGAGUUUUUGGUUAAAUUGCGGAAAAAAGUGAAAGUUGUACAAUGCAAUGAAAUCGCUACGGCAACAACUGUUGUGCUGUGUGUUGCCAACAUUUUUACUGUUGCUGCUCUACCAAAUGCUGCUCACCGAGGCAUACCUACGCAGCGUACGCAUCGAAGAAAUUCCAUUUAGUUUAGCACAUACGGCAGAUGAAAUUCGCGCAAAAGAGGAGGAGCGCCGUUUAGUAGGUGCAAAGAUGGGCAAAGAAGAGAGAGGUGGUGGUAUCCAUGCGAUUUCCAGUCUUGAGCAGCGACGUGGUUUCUUUCACAUCUUCAAUAUACCCUAUAUUGUUUGCUUUUUUGCCGCUAAAGGCAAAUGGCCUUUCAUACCGACUUUUAUGCAGAGCCGGGUCGAUGAGUCUGCUCGAACCUUUUUCAAAAAAAACGACAGUGCUAUAAGGCAGUUUUGUCAAAAGUGGAUACAGAUAAAAGAGUGCUUCAGACCCAUUUUUGGAACGGCUAACGCGCCGAAUGAUGUUGAAAUGCUCGGUCCUGUUCGCUCCACUCCCUGUACAUGCUCGAACCUGGUGAAUGAGCCAGUUGUCUACUUUGAUAAGGAUCACAUUGGCAAUGUGAGCAGGGAUACUAUUUUGAAUACCAUUGAAUUCUUAGAAAGUUUUCUACCACCUCCGCCUCCGAAGAAAACAAAGAAGAAAAAUCGCGUUCGCAGCAGAUUGGAUGACAUGGAUAUUGAGUGAAGAAUAUUUUAUAAAAUGAAUAGUUAUUUCUAUGGAAAUUUUUCACAAGUACAAGUAAUGAUGGUUAAAGAAAAUAACUGGCUUUAAAAUUACAAAUCUUCAUAGAAAGGAUACGAUUUAUCGGAUAUGCAUAUGAAAUUCCCAUUAAAUAUUUUGUCGGAAAGGCGGCGCACUUUCUUUCUUAUCAGUUGAGCUUCAAGUUUUUUAUGCUAAAA